AUGGCGCAUACCAUUGAUCUGGGACAUUGCUUCCUUCGCGAUGCGCUGCUACAGCUUCAGCUUCACUUUGCUGCAAAGGCUGUUGUGAAAUGGCCUAGAGCUACUGGAGCACUGAGCUUUUUGAGCAAUUCAAUACCCAUGUCUCAAUUGGACUCUUCUUACUGGGUUAUAGAAGCACCACAAGUGAAGCUCACUCUUCUCGUUCAGCUUGGCUCUGGGCUGAAUGCUAUGGCAUACUCAUUAAUUCCCCUUGUCAAGAAAGGCAUCUCGGAAUCAGACGUUUGGUCCAAUCUUGGAUUCGAGAUUACACCUACGGAGAGUGAUGACCUCUGGUCACAUCGCGGUUCUGACACAGGCCAUUCUCUGGCAUUUUUUCUUGUCAAGUCCCACAGAGCUACUAUGGGAAAUGGCAGGGCCUUGCCUGAUAUACUGCACAAUCCACCUGAUUCGUUCCCUCCGUCGGAGAUACCCACCGUAUCGCUCGCAGAAAUCCAUUUGGUACUUGAUUAUACAUAUUGCCCAAAGGCCGGAGAAGGGUCUCGUAUUCGCUCCUCGGGAACAAGCUUAGAGAAGCACCCUGGUGUUGACAUCUCUCCGUAUGAAGAGCCCUCCGUUUGCAUGCCUGGGUUCAUGCGCUGCACAGCAAUGAGCACGAGAACUGGUCCCAGCGUUCGCUCGGUUGGAUCUGCACACGAAAUGCUUCCCUUGCUGGACUUUGCUCUCCAAAAGCUAGUCUCCGGCUCUCCUGAAAAACGACAGGAAAUUAAAGUGCUAGGAGAAGAUACGCUGGAGAACUUAGCAAUACGCGCCCCAGUCAUCUUCAAACAAGGAUACCGUGAUGCUAUGAAUCAAAGAGCGUUAUCACUUCCCUUGAUUUCUGAUGCAAUGUUCUCGGUUCUAGGCAACAUAGCAGGCGCCAUGCCUAAUGGCUUCAAAUCGGCCGUCGAGACGUCACUCUGGCGUAUCGCUCAAACCGGUCUCCGCAAGACCAAGGUGCCAAAAGCAAAAGCAAUCUUCUUUCCAAAUCUCAAAGCUGAACAUAAUGAGGAUUCGGAUAUGCUGGACGUUGACUUUAAUUGGGAAGACUAUAAAUUGUUGGAGUCGUUUCUCCAGUCGGAUUACGAGUCCGACGAACUGCUCCUCGACAGCCAGAGUGAAGCAAGCUUUGAGCAAAUUUGUGAGUCGCCUGAAACAUCUCAAAGCAAUCUGUGCCUCGAUUAUGCUCCGACGGAGGUUCCUAGUAUAGACUCAGAUGCUCUUCUCAUGGAUGGCUAUCCUCCAUAUCUUGGAAUUAGUGGGAACCAGCUUUCGUUUUAUCCCGGCCAUGAAGAUUAUAUGUAUCUAAGCAGGUAG